AAAAUUAUUACGGUCUAAAAUGCAUAAAGUCCUGUCCAUCUUUCCCCUCCCUCGCCUCCUCUUCCGAUUCGGGCUCUCUCGUGAGCCCAAUAUCAGAGUAAUUCAUUCAUCCUUCGUCGAUUUCAAUCGACUUGUAGCAUUUCACGCUCAAUUCCAUCUCCUCUGUUCAAUUUUGCUCCGCUAUCAUUUUCUCCGGAGAUUGCCUCAGGGUUAGGAAUCUCGGUGAUCCGCAUGUCCAAACUCUCUUGAUCGUAUCGGCGAACUUUUUUUUUUUUUUUGCCCCUUUGUCGAUGGCGAUCAUCGGCGACGCCCUUCGGCAGGCAUUUAUGGCGAAUCACGAGUAUCAGAGGCUCCGGGAGGAGGAUCGAGCUUGGGGGCGCCUACAGCGUCCCCUCGUCACUGCCUCCGCGGCCACCGUUGGCCUCGUCGUCUUUGUCUCCGUCAUUGCGAAUCUUAGCAUCGUUUUCCCCCGUGAGGCUAGCCAGCGCCCAUUCUGCCGUGAUUGGAAGGUUCUCCAGGCUCUGCAGCUGAAUAUGAGUCAGGAGUCGGAACUGCAUCAGUACCACGGAGCCUUUUAUCUGACGGACCAGGAAGUGGUCGAUUACUACUGGACGGUGGUCUUCGUACCGUCUGCGAUUAUCUUUUUGGUCUCUGUUGCGUACCUAGUCUCAGGAAUGACAGUGGCUUUCGCUGCUCCAAGAAGUCAUCCGUGCCUCAAAAUAGUUGAGAAUAACUUUUGUGCUUCCCGAAGGGGUGGAGUCCGCUGUCUGUCGAUUCUCAACAUUGUGUUUGCUCUACUCUUUGGUCUCAUAGCUCUUUUUCUUGGGUCAAGCCUUCUGACAAUGGGAAAUAGCUGCUCUGUGCCACUCUUUUGGUCUUACGAGAUUGCCUGUUGGGGUUUGGUUAUAUUAUAUGGUGGAACUGCCUAUUUCUUAAGAAGAAAAGCAGCUGUCAUACUCGAUGAGGGUAACUAUGCUGGUCGUAAUCUUGGGCUGGAGAUGUUGGAGCCCUCGACAGAAGUAACUCCUGAGAUGGAGAGACACAUUAAUGAAGGCUUCAAGGCUUGGAUGGGCUCUUCCCUUCUUUCCUCGGACGACGAAGAUGGUCCAGAUGACUACCUAGAGGAAGCUAGUCCAAUUUUAGCAGAGGAUGAUCAACCAAAAAGGUUUAUUUAGAUUGUAAGAUAGUUAAGCUUCCAUUUUGUUAUAUGUUACCAAAAGGAUGUAAAUACGACUAACUUUUUUAAUUAAGGUAGAUCUUGUUUGUCACUAAAUGCCUGAAUUGCAUUAUAGGGAAUGUAAAUAGAUAAUUUGGUGUUAUAUUUUGCAUGAUGAUCUCAACUCUCUUCCAUUGUAGUGCAAAACAAGUGCUGUAUAAAAGUAUUGUUUGUGUA